UUUGUCUAGUCAGAGAUGACGUGCAUAAAACAGGUAGUGUGUACAAGACCUCACCUCGUGUUUGGCUUUAAGGUUGGUGUCGGUACAGCUUUCUCGCUCUGCAGACGUCUCCAUGCAGAACAAGUAAGAUCUGAAUGCAGAGGGCUUCCAAUAGUUCACCACAGCAAGUACGUCUGCGAUCUUCCACCCAAUCACAGAUUUCCAAUGGGAAAGUUUCCACGGGUGUUAGAUUUUCUAAUCAAGGAUCAAGUCAUUACAGAUAAACAGGUGUGGGCCCCUGAAAUUGCCUCUCAGGAACUAUUGAGUUGUGUGCACACCGAUGAAUACUUGGACAACUUCAUAAAUGGUAAAAUUAAUGAGAAAGAACAAAGGAGAACAGGGUUUCCAUGGAGCCCAGGCCUAGUCACUCGUUGCCGUUAUGAAACAGGAGGGACGUUGCUGGCUGCAGAAAUAGCACUACAGAGAGGUCUUGCUUGCAGUACCGCUGGAGGAACCCAUCAUGCUUUUCCAAGCUACGGUUCAGGGUUUUGUCUCCUCAAUGACCUUGCAGUUGCAGCCAAAUACCUGUUGAGUAACCAUUCAUCAAAGCCAAAGGUUCUGAUUGUGGAUCUAGAUGUGCAUCAGGGGGAUGGCACUGCAUUCAUCUUUAAAGAGGAGCCAUUUGUUUUCACUCUAUCUGUGCACAGUGGGAAAAAUUUUCCGCUCCGUAAACAGAAUAGCGACCUCGAUGUUAGUGCGGAGGAUGGAACAGAAGACAAAGAGUACAUGUCCACAGUCGAGGCCCACCUUCCUUGGGUCCUCAACACUUUCCGCCCGGACUUGGUCUUGUAUGAUGCGGGUGUUGACCCUCAUCAGGAGGAUGAACUUGGAAGGCUCAAUCUAACUGAUAAAGGACUAUAUCAGAGAGAUCUGUAUGUGAUGAAGACUGUUGUGGCCAGGGGUGUUCCUUUAGCCUCCGUUAUAGGAGGCGGCUACUCGAGAGACAUUGAUAAACUGGCCCUCAGGCACUCCAUCGUCCACAGAGCAGCAACACAGGUACAGGAAAUUCUUGUCAAGAAUCGCUUGACCAGACAUUCUCUGAAAUCCCUGUGAUAUUG